GUUUGGUCCUCCUAACUAAAACUAAUGCGGUUUAAUAACAGCCCUGACAUAAACCCCACCGUCUGAAGUUAAAGAGGAAUAAAGUAAGGAUUAAAAAUGAACUAAAAUUAAACAGAAUUAACAGAAACAUAAAGAAGUACAAUGUAAUAAAUUUGGCAUAAUAAUAGACAGUGGCAAAUGCAAAAGUUUCAAGCCUCAAUAAAAAAGAAGUUUUCAGGAAGUUUGUGUCAGAUACAUGGAGCAUGGAAACUGAACACUGCUUCUCUAUGUUUUGUUUUGGGAAAGCUGUUCCAGAUGGCCUAAGAGGUCUGAAGAGUUCAUAACAUAGCAUCAGAUCAAAAACGUAUUCUGCCCCUGAAGUGACGUGUCUCACUUUCAGACUUCUGGCUGGGUUUAUGGUCUGUACCAUUAGAGAUACAAGGACAUGUAACAUUAAAAACUUCAUGAAGGUAGAAUUAAUUUCGGGGCUUCUCUGAUGACUGAGACUACAUCAGCUUUAGUGGUCUAAUAAAUUGGGUGUAUAUUUCCCCUCCAAAUAAUGUGUGUACAAGUGAAAAGCAGCUGCAACAAAUGGGAUGCUGUUACUGUGCAUGCUUCACAAAAUGCAGCAAUAUUAUAAUAUUAUCUCAUUUAUUCCUCUUACGUCAUUAAGAAUAACUGGGGCUGCUACACUACUUAAUUAGGCAUUCAUAAUACACCUGUUCUACAUAUAAACACAGGCCUGCACGAGGGGAAACGGGCUGUUUUCCCAAAGGAAAAUAAAGCUGAGUGAACGACUGACAAGAACUAGCAAGACAACGUAUAACGUUAGCGGUACAUUCCUCGCUAGAGAUGUAAGGUGUGAAUGGGCCUAAAAGAACUAAAACAUCAUCUUUGAAAGAUUAGGCAGCGCUGCAGUAGGGCAAACUUGACUCCUCACUCCCACGUUCUAAUGAGGCCACGGCAAUGCUGACAUCUCCUCUGCAUCCAGAGACAACAUCAUGCUGAAGACGGAGGCCUCGGGGGAGAGGACCAGCCUCCGGAGUGCCUCCCCCCACCGUAAUGCUUACCGGGCUGAGUUUCAGGCACUCAAGAAGGCCUUUGACCAGCCUCAGAUCGAUGGAGACUCAAAGCCCAAAGACCUUGAGCGGAAACAACCAAGGGGUCGUCAGUAUGGCAGCCAUGUCAGCCGCAUUAAGGACAUGUUCAUGCAGAUGGGCUCGGAAAAUUCAGCAUCUAAGACAAGGGGUCGAGAAGAUUCUUCGCCACAAAAGCUGGUCAAGCCCACCAACUUCAUCAACAAGGCUGAUGGCUCAGUGAUCAAACUCCAGCAUUCCUCGUCAGCUGAAAGGGUUGGAGGCGCUGGAGCAAAGUUCUCUGAAACCAGGAAGCUGUUUGAGCAGCAGUCACGUGACCAGUCCCAAUCACCAGUCUUUCCCUACGGACGUGAUAAAAGAGGUUCCCAUGAGCACCUUGAUGACUGGCGAGGGGCCAGGUCCAAUCGAGGCAGUACGGACUCCUUGGACUCGCUUUGCUCCAGAACAGAGGCAUCCUCACCGACUGUCAGUCAGCUCAGUGCUGUUUUUGAAAAUGCUGACCACCACAACCAGGGUGUGUCCUACAGAGGAGUCAGUAGGCGAGCCCUCUACUCACCAGACGGAUUCCACCGCCAUGGAGGUGAUGUCAGUGAGGAUGAUUCACGACAGUCUCCUGUUUGUGGAAACUACCGGAGCAGGAUAGGGGGAAAGGUUCCCACAUCUUCGUCCUCUGAGGACCUCUUGAGCCCCAGUCCCGGGGAAGAGACAGCGGGGGUGAAACCAGUUCCACAAGAGGAGGAAGCCGAAGACAAAGCAGACAACGUUGAGACGAUGGGCGGAGAUCGACGGCACCUUUCUGGGGCUACCACCAAUGGAAGCCAUCUCAAUGGUUCUUGUGAAGAAGAGGAGAAACCUUCAGAAACAAGAAAACAUGCUGAGGAUCUAGGAGUGUCCAAAACCUCAAAACCUACAGAUGAUGCCGUGAUUACCAACAAAGCUUUCGAAGAUGCCACUCCAGAGCCCCUGCCAACCCCAACUACACCAGCUGAAAGCCAGGAAGAUGGAGGUGGUUCAAGAGAAGACAAGCCCCAUGAAUCUCCCAAUGACCAGGUGGAGGAACCCGAUGAGGAAUACACUGGGAAUGAGCGUGUGGUUUUUAACGCAGACGGGGACGCCUGUUACCAGGGUUGGGGUGAAAGCUGCACGGAUCCUGAGGAUGACCUUUAUGGAGACGACGAGGAUAUUGUCUACGACCCGGGCUCUGAUCUGACAGAGAUUCCUGGUCUUCCAGAAGAAAACAAAGAGGACAUCCCUCCAAAGAGAAAGAUUCGCUUCAGCACUUUUCCCAUUACAGUGUUCAACACUUACUCCAAUGAGGACUAUGAUCGACGUAAUGAGGAGGUGGAUCCUGUGGCCUCCUCCGCAGAGUACGAGCUGGAGAAGAGGGUGGAGAAACUGGAGCUCUUCCCUGUGGAGCUGGAGAAAGAUGAGGAUGGUCUGGGGAUCAGUAUCAUCGGGAUGGGUGUUGGUGCUGAUGCAGGCCUAGAGAAACUGGGCAUCUUUGUCAAGACCGUCAUCGAGGGUGGAGCUGCUGAGAGAGACGACAGGAUAAAGGUGAAUGACCAGAUCGUGGAGGUGGAUGGGACCAGUCUGGUGGGCGUCACCCAGAGCUUUGCUGCCUCUGUCCUCAGGAACACAUCAGGAGUGGUUCGGUUUGUGAUUGGCCGAGAGCGUCCGGGCCAGCAGAGUGAGGUGGCCACUCUGAUCCAGCAGACCCUGGAGCAGGAGAGGCGACAGAGAGAGCUGCUGGAGCAGCAGUACGCACACUAUGAUGCUGAUGAUGACGAGCAGACAGGAGAGUACGCCACAGAUGACGAGGAAACGGGGACAACAGUGGCAGGCGGAGAGAAGAGCAUCGAGGUGUUUGACUUGCCAGAGACGGAAGACAUCUUGUCUCCCUCGGAAUUAGACGCCACUAAACUCUACCAGAAGUUUAGAGAGCUCCAGAUCAAACACACAGUGACCGAGGCCGAGAUCCAGAAGCUUAAAAACAAGUUGGCAUCAGUGGAGAGGGAGAAGCAGCGCUGGGAGAAGGAGAAGAGCCAGCUGAAGGCCAGCAUCGAGGAGAACAAGGAGAGGAUGUUGAAGCUGGAGAGCUACUGGAUCGAGGCGCAGACCCUCUGCCACACCGUCAACGAACACCUGAAGGAGGCCCAGGCCCAGUACCAGGCUCUGGAGAAGAAGUACAACAAAGCCAAGAAACUCAUCAAAGACUUCCAGCAGAAAGAGGUGGAGUUUAUCCAGAAGGAGGAUGCAGAGAGGAGGCGGCUGGAGGAGGCUGAGAAAGCUCACCUGGCUGAGAUCCAGGGGCUGCAAGUCAGGAUUGCAGCAUUAGAGUCCGAGCUAAUGCAGCUGAUGAAGCAGAACGGCAUCCAGGUCAACAACAACAACAGCAACAGUGCUGAGAGGCUCAGUGCUCAGCAACACAGCCCUGUCAGGUCUGCAGCACCAGCCAGAGACCUGAGGGAGGGCUCUCCCCACUCACCCAGCAAAAAGAAGAGUUACAGAGGAGUCACCCGUGACAGCAUCAGCUCUACAGAGGGAGAGGUAUCAGAGGGACAUCGAAGUCCAGCCCACAGUUGCUCUGGUUCGAUCCGUAGCGUGGCUUCUUGUGAUGGAGGAGCUGUGGUGCUCACGGCUCCCGGCAGUGCAGAAGGCUCCCCCAGACGAACACUGCACCCACCGUCCACCACAGGAGUCCUCCAGGAUGGUUCUCAGACCCCUGCAAUGUGGAGCCCUUCUCACAGCCUGGAAGAGCACAGACAAGCUCUGGACCCUGGGUCCUCCCUCAGGAAAACCAAAGUGAAGGACACAGAUCCCAGAGCCUCACCUGGAAACAGUUCCACAGAGCCAUCAGCUGAGGACAGUCCAGAGAAACUCAAGGACAAGACCUCCCUCCCAUGGCCCCACUUCUUCUCCUAUUCAUAUUACUUGGCACCCACUUUGAAUGAUGAUCUGAGCGCCAGCAGCAGCAGCUCAGUGGAGAUCAGCGGUCUGCUGAGUGAAGCCAAGAUGUCAGGACGCUCACACACCCUGGUGCUUUCCUCAGACGAGAGUCUGGAUAUGAUAGAUGAUGAGAUCCUAGAUGAGGGACAGUUUUCGAAGCAGUAUCAGUGGCAGAACCGCACCAUUACAGAGUGGACCUCCCAGCAAGUGGCCCACUGGCUCAUGGGCCUCAACUUAGAACACCAUAUCCCAGAAUUCACUGCCAAAAACAUAGAUGGAGAACAGCUGCUACAGCUGGGUAGCACUGAGCUAAAGGCCCUUGGAGUCACUUCUUCGCAGGACCGUGCCCUGAUUAAGAAAAAGAUCAAAGACCUUAAAGUUCUGAUGGAGAAGGCCAAGAGGAACCGUGAGAAGGUGGAGAAACAGCGCGAGAAGAUACGGAAAAGAGAGCUGGAGCAGCAGCAGAAAGAGGCGCGCAAAGAAGGCGCAGCAGAGUGAAGCGAAUCGUUAGAUCACCUCCUGCUUUACUGUAGCACCACAAAAAGUAGCAUCGAGGAACAGAACGUCAGUAGGCCCCGCAAAUGAACCCUGAGGGACGCCUACUCAGUAGUUCAGUAGUUCUCAGUGGUGGAGCUCCACCCCAAACUGUCAGAGAUUGUUGAGUGACUUUUUCACCAAGCAAAUUAAACCAAAAUGAGCAGUUGGAUAAUAGGAUGCUGCCCCUUCAUUUGCCUAGUUUUACACCUAUCCUGUGUUUUAGCCACUUAAUAAUUUACUAAGUUCUAUUUAUUUUGCUGUUUAUAGCUUGUAAAUUGGGUUUAUUUAUUCAUAUUCAGAGUAAGUCUGUGCUAUACUCAUUUCAUCCUCAUCCCAUAUCAUCCUCAGAGCCAUCUGCAGUAUCCAUCACAACACCUUUAGACACAAUGACCAUGUACAUAUACAAUGAUAAAUACAGAUACAAAUAUCUCUGAUGUGCCAUUUUGAUAGAUUUAUGUGUAUACUGUUCAGAUACAUUGAUCAGUGGAAUCUCUAUUGCUUUGAAGCACAUACAGGUCAGGCAGUACUCAUCUCCCACCACUGGGUGUCCCCAUGCUGCUUAUUUUCACUACUGACCAAGACAACACUGGAACUGUCCAAUAGGAACUGAACUGGGAACCAAGUUUCACAGAGAGAAACAAACUCUCUCAGCAUUUGCAAGAACACUGGAAGUGCAAGCACUGUAAAUUUAACCUCUGCACUGGCUCGUCCAGUGCUCCGUGCAGUAUACAUGUAACAUUACUAAAGCAGUUCUCAAAGUAUGAAUAACAAGGACAUGCUGUGCUCAUUGGACUGGUUCUAAUGGAGACUUCAGGUACAAUGUAAUCAUGAAAUUUGUAACUUACCUAACCCGUACCAUAAAAACAAACAAACAAAACAAUAUGAUGAAAAGAAACUUCCUGCUUAUAUGCAUAAUGUUGCUUUGACUCUGCUUGUAACCUGCUUUUGACCUCUUUUUAUAUUGUCUCGAUAACAAAGUAAUACCCCGCCGCUGCCUUUAGAAAUUCUAGAGUAGUAGAAUUUUUCUGAUCUCUACCCGCUUCUGUGAGUGUUGAAACACAUACAGUAGACUAAACUGAGUCAUCCAUUCCUGAUUGUCAUUUUAUUUUUUCAGAAGAAGUCAAGCUCACCAUGCAAAUUACUCUGGAAUAUUCUUAAUAAUAUUUAGGAAUGCUGCCAUAUACGUGGUUCGUCUCUGUGAUCGAGGACAGAUGCAGGAGGUGCAGAAAUUGUCUUAAAGAUUACCUGAUACUACUGAUGUUACACUGGAAAUUGCACCUGAUAGAUGAAAUAUAGUUUUAAUUUUCUUAUGAAACUGGUUCAGUAAGAUUUAAAAAAACAUUUGAUUUACUUGUUAGAUGAAAACUAUACCUUUUAAACUGAUUUUGACUUAUGUACUUUAUGCAGUUUUUGUUUUAGGAUUAUGAAGCUCUAUGAGAGACAUGUUCCCUGUGUUACUUCUUUAUCAUUCCCAGGAAUCAUUGCGUAGGUUUACAAUAAAUAUACAGACACCAGUUUCACCGUGAUAGAAAAGAAGGCAGCUUUAGUAAUACUCCCUCUUGUCUUAAGGGCCCUGCCUGGUGUACUGGUAACAGGUUAAGAACAGGAGGAACAGUUGGGGUUACAGAUCCCGCCAUGCAAUGCAACAGUAAGACUGAUCUGUUAAUGUUAUUAUUUAUUUAUUUCUGUAUUUAACGAAGAAACUGUCUAUUGUUUAUGAUAACUUAUACAAAAUAAGAGUAUUAUUAACACCUAAUAAUGAUUUAUCCAGAAUUGUAUGAUUACUUCCUUUUGCCAAAACAUCAUGAAAACUGUUAAUUAAAAAUGAUUUAAAGAUUUAAAUGGUUGUUAUCAAAUGAAGGAAGGUUUGGACAUGCAAAGCAAAAAGGAAACACAGUAAUACUCCCCCAUUGUGCUUGUGGUUUUCCUCUAAUACAACCAUAGUGCUGCUCCAGUGUUACUCCAAUAAACUGCUCAUGAUGUAUUCUUAUGAAAUAUUUUGUAACACUUGAACCUUUCUGUGAAUACCCCCCACCCCACCCCACCCCACCCCACCCCGUUAAGUCAGUCAGCAGACUGCACUCUUUUGACUCUUUUGUAUGUAUAGUAAAAACACUGAGAGCAAUAUGCUGUAAGAAUCCUAAAAAAGCCUUGUUUUCUAUUGUGUCAGUGUGUGUACACAGUUUGUCGGAGGGCUGAGGUGGCUACAAGGUCAGACCUGAGCCGAAAUGUGAGUCCAGAUCUUUUCUAUGUGCUUGAGUGAGCUUGCCUGGCAUGAUGACAACCAACGUAUGGAUGAGACCCUGGUGCUCUUGCGACGUUUUGGGUCAUAUCUGGAAGGGUUUGUCUUUCAUGUAUGUAGAGAGCAAAAAGAUAAUCACCAACUGCUAGCCGUGCUUUCACUCUUUUAAAAAGCUGUGCUUAUUCUCCUCCUCCUUUAUUUGUCAUUACCUUGCUCUCUUUUUUCGCAUUCUGAAAAGUUUGAAAGGGCAGCUACCUGUCACACUGAAUAAAAUGUGCAGUCACUGUC